AUGGGUGUUCCCUUCGAGGCCCUGCUCCCGUACGGGAUCAUCGUCGGUAUGUUCACCGCGACCGGCGUCGGCCUCCACUUCGUCAAGCGCUUCGCCAACGAUGGCAAGAAGGCCCGCUGGAAUCAGGACCUUUGGGAUCGGGUAAGUCUCUCCCUCUCCACUGCGCAAAAUACUAACCAUGCGACCACCCGAUCAUCAGUGAUGGAACGAGACCUGAGAAUCACGGGAAGCCUUCGAGGCCAGAGCAGCAAUCACCAAGCACCCAAGGGCUUCGAAGUCAGCCACCCAUGGAAGGUACGAAAGACAUUGGUCGAGAAACGGAUUUACUAG